AGGCAGUUGUGACGUGUUUAACGUCAUCAUCCCGCGCCUGUCUAGAUUAUAAAGACCCCGUCGAAAAUAAAUAAAUAAAGCCACUUUGGAUUCACAUGUAAAAUAUUAACCGAUUUUUGAAUUAACUAUCACGAAAACGCUGUAUUUGUUCGUCCCUAAAAUACGGGAAUAUUGAAGGCCGUAUGGAGUUGACGUUCUAUCGCUGAGGAAGUGACGCCUUUAUGCCUGAAUCGCAGCCAUGAUGAAGAGAAAAGUCGACGCUGUUCCCGUUCUGGCUGCAAAGCGGCCCCGUGAUGAUAGCAGCUCAGAUGAAGAAUCCAGAUUGUCGAGACAAGACUCCAGCCAGAAUGAGUCGCUCAGCGACCAGGAAGAGGCCCGAGCGGGAUUCUCCAUGCCGUCCAUAUCGGUCCACGCCAAGGACGCAGACUCGCCCCCGCAGGGCUCCAAAUUCUCCAUGUACAACAGCGUGUCGCAGAAGCUCAUGGCCAAGAUGGGCUUUCGCGAGGGCGAGGGUCUGGGCAAGUUCGGCCAGGGCCGUAAGGAGAUUGUGGAGGCGUCGACCCAGCGAGGGAGGCGUGGUCUCGGCCUCACGCUGCAGGGCUUCCAGGGGGAGCUCAAUGUCGACUGGCGGGAUGAACCCGAGCCCAGCGCUACAGAGAAAGUGGACUGGUUCCCAGAAUGCACCACAGAAAUUCCUGAUGCAGAUGAGUUGAGGGACUGGAUGGCAGUGGGGCCAAGAAAACUGAAGAUUGAAGACGAAACAGAGUUUUGCACCGAAGACCUCCUGCACACGCUCCUCAGGUGCAAGACGGUGUUUGACGACCUGGACAGUGAGGAGAUGAGGAGAGCGCGCACUCGUUCCAACCCUUACGAGACCAUCCGAGGAGGAAUCUUCCUCAAUAGAGCAGCGAUGAAAAUGGCCAACAUCGACCACUGCUUCGACCGCAUGUUCACCGACCCAAAAUCUUCCGACGGGAAGCCUCUGACCCAUGACAAUGGCAACGAGCUUUUGUACUUCGGCGACGUGUGCGCCGGGCCCGGCGGCUUUUCCGAGUACAUCCUGUGGAGGAGACGCUGGCACGCCAAAGGCUUCGGCAUGACGCUGAAGGGGCCGUGCGACUUCAAAUUAGAGGACUUCUACGCCGCGCCCAGCGAGCUGUUUGAGCCUUACUAUGGUGAAGGAGGCGUGGACGGCGAUGGCGACAUCACCCGGCCAGAGAAUGUGACGGCCUUCCGGAAUUUUGUGCUGGACAGCACCGAGGGGAGGGGGCUGCACUUUCUCAUGGCGGACGGGGGUUUCUCUGUGGAAGGCCAGGAGAACCUUCAGGAGAUUCUGACCAAACAGUUGCUGCUCUGCCAGUUCCUCGCCGCUCUCUCGACACUCAGGACAGGCGGCCAUUUUGUCUGCAAGACCUUUGACCUCUUCACUCCUUUCAGCGUGGGUUUGGUCUACCUCCUGUACCUCUGCUUCGACCGCGUUACACUCUUCAAACCCGUGACCAGUCGGCCCGCCAACUCCGAGAGGUACGUGGUGUGCCGAGGUUUAAAGCCAGGCUCGGAGGCCGUCAGGGAGUACAUGUUCCGAGUCAAUCUGAAACUCAAGCAGCUGCGGGACACCGACAUGGACGUGACGGACGUGGUUCCCCUCAGCAUCAUCAAAGAGGACGUCGACUUCUUCCACUUCAUGGUCAACUGCAACGAGAGCCUCUGCGCCGUCCAGAUCAAAGCCCUGGCGAAGAUCCACGCCUUCGUUUUAGACUCGACGCUCGCCGAGUCCAGGCAAGCCGACAUACGCAAGCAAUGUCUCAGUCUGUGGGGGGUGCCCGACAAGGCCAGGGUCACGCCGACGUCCUCGGACCCAUGGUCCAAAUUCUACGAACUGGUCAAGAAUCCUGACGUAGAGUCGUUCAAAAGCAACCUCACGCCGCUCAACUCCGGCACGCUUGAUAAGCUGCGUCACGUCCUGGACCACCGUUGCAUCGUGGGAGGCAGGGAGCAGAUCUUCCUUUUAACACUCGGCAAGUCUCAGAUUUACACGUGGGACGGAAAGAUGCCGCUCCGCUGGCAGAAGCUGGAGAGCUUCAAGCUGGAGCUCCCGAGAGACUCCCUGCUGAGUGUGGAAAUCGUGCAGGAGCUGAAGGGCGAGGGCAAAGCGCAGCGGCGAAUCAACGCGGUGCACGUGAUGGACGCACUCAUUCUGAAUGGCACCGAUGUCCGAGAUCAGCACUUCAACAAGCGGAUCGAGAUGGCCGAGAAGUUCGUGAAGGCGGUGGCCAAGCCCAGCAGGCCGGACAUGAACCCCAUCAGGGUGAAGGAAGUUUACAGGCUGGAGGAAAUGGAGAAGAUUUUUGUACGAUUGGAAAUGAAGGUGACUAAGAGUUCUGGCGGAGUCCCCCGUCUGUCUUACACCGGCCGAGAUGACCGACACUUCCUUCCCACCGGGCUCUACAUCAUCAAGACCACCAACGAGCCAUGGAUGAUGGCCUACAGUAAAAACUCAAACAGGAAGUACUUCUAUAACAAGGCCACUAAGGAGUCCUUCUAUGACACACCAGCCGAUGCCGCGUCCCCGUUCCACUGGCUUGUGUGUGUUGACAGCACGUGCCAUGCCGAGCGUCUCUUCUGGGCGUGGGAGGACGGCGUCAUCGUGCACGACUCUCAGACGCGUGUGGACCAAGACAAGCUGUCCAAAAAUGACGUGCUCACAUUCAUUCACCACAACCACCAGCUGUGACCCGUCGCUCGGUGGCACGACCUUUGGGAAACACUCUAGGGCCUUUUUUUGUUUUUUGUUUUUAAUAUCUGUAUUGCAAAUGUACUGUUUCACUUUCUCAAGCAGUCAUUUCCGUUUGUAUAAAGUCCUCCAAGGACCAGACUAAAUGCAUGAUGAAAAACUAUACAACUUUCAUCCACAAGGGCGAGACGUACAAGUUUAUCGACUUGCAAGUUUCUCCGCCUAAGAGCUGUGUGUGAUUAUGGAGCACUUGUAGGGCAACAUAUUUUGAGCUUGUGAUAACAUUUGCUUGAACACAGGGUGGCUUGUCCCUCAGUCAGUAGAGUGGCUCAUCCAGUGAGCGACGGUUCGAAUUCCAACGAUCUGCCGUCAGGGUCCUUGAGCAAGACAACCCAAAAUUGUUCCCAGGUUGGUAUUGUAAAUAAACUGUUUUCUAUUACGUUCGUUACCUGGUUCAACAAAGAACUUUUUUUAUUUUGUGGGACAUAGGUUUCCCAACACCAAUUUUCCCCGUCAACGCAAUUUCAGGAGCUGUUUGGUAUUCAUUGUGGUGACAUUUGGUCAAUUUUUACAUAACACAGCUGAAGAACCACCGCAAAGAUGUCAUGCUCCGAUUUAUCUAUUUUUCGCUUUUUUCUCAUCAAGGCAGCGCUGACAAUAAUCAGGUACACUAUAGUCUUGAACAGUUGACAGCAACCAUGGCAACGCUGUAAAGAUGACUCAUAGGAAUUUAUUUGUUCUUUUUUUUCUUGUUCAUUCAUUAUCGUUUUUUUUAUGACCGUCCCUCACGUCGCUUGAAGAGUGUGAUGUUCCUUUAAAAAAAAAAAAAGUAAAUAAAAGUGGCAGGUUAAAUAAAGCCAAUCAAUCAA